AUUGAAUUCUCCAUACAAAGGCAGUGUAUUUUAAUUCCAAACUUGCACUAUACACUGUAUUUGGCAAGAAAGUGUAACUUCUCCUAGGCAACAAGCCAAGUAAGCGCCCACGACCACGAGGUCACACCCCACGACAUCAUUUGCGAUGCCACGGACAGGGUUUGGCGAUGGAAGCUUUGCCAUGUCCUUUGCGACUAGCUUGAAGAAACGCCGGCGAUCGGGAGACGUCACCCAGACUUUGACGGCGCCUGGAGGGAUGAUCCUCGUCGACGAUGAUGACGACGAUGACAUCAUCGACUUUGAUGAACUGAGCACGCCACCUCCGAUGUUGCAGAAAACCCCGCUGCCGGUGCCCCCGCAAAGCCUUGUCUUUCCACGCCAACAUUCGCUUGGAUAUGACGUCCGCCGUGCCCACUUGGUCACGGACAUCGGCGACCACGGCACCAAAUCGUUCCGGUACAAGUCGCUGCAGCACGGAGGUGUACCAUCGGAGCCGCAUCCCGAGCGAGCGUCCAACACAGCAGCAACGACGGCCUCUCCCCUCGCCACGACCUUCCACGCGCUGCUUCGUCGUCGUGAGCGGGAAGCGAGUCGCGUUCGGCGCACCAGCAGCAGCGCCGCGCCAGGCCCGCCUCGGGACUCAGCCGUGUUGGAGAAACUCAAGCACGUGCAUCCAAUGGACAUCGUGGACAAGGAACGAUCCAUCGCGCGGUACCUCCAGGAGCAUCAGCGGUAUACGUUCGCUCUCGUGCUUCGCAACACGGCCCAAGUGCUCGAGUACCUCCACGUCAAGCACCCGUAUCGCAGCAACGUGCACAACGCAGUGAAACUGGCCAACCAAGUGCGCUUGAUGCACGAAAAGGUGUGUCGGCGCCUCGUCCAGGCCGGCCUCGGCGUGAUCCUCCUCGACAAUGAUUCGGUCAUGACGGACGCGGACCGGACGUUCAACCCACAGAUGAUGCGCCAGUACGCGCCCACGAGCCAGAUCUGCAUCUUGGUCGAUCCGUACAAGGACAAGGACCUGCUCGCGCACGAAUUCAAGCGGGAAAAAGACGAGUGGGCCAUCAAGAAGGGCUCGGCAUCGGCAAAGUUGAGCGAGAACAGCUACAUGGCGCCCAACUUGUCGUUUUCGCCAGCGUUAGAGCUACAGUUGACGCAAAACCUCAUCACGAACGCGCUACGGGACUUCGACACGGAAGAGUGGGUCCAGGACAUGCAGAACGACCUCACGCAUUGGGACGUGAUCGAGCAUUGCUUUCCCCUGCACGACCGCAAGUUCAACGACGAGUUCUUUGAAGAGUACCGCAAGCGCACGUUUGACUUUAGCAUGGCCAAAGCGACGACGGGCAACCGCGAGCGAUGGGCCAUCGAGGAGCUGCGGUUCCACUUUGGCGAGCGUGUGGCGUUCUUGUUUGCGUUCAUGCACAUCUACAGCAAGCUGCUGCUGCCGCUGACAGUCACGUGUGUCUUGUACUACGUCGUGUUUCGGUUCAUGGGCGGGUUCGUGUGGCAGCAGUACUCGCAGGGCCUCGCGGUCCUCUCGUUCUUUGCCGCGAGUGUGUGGGCGCCGCUAUUCCUUGUCUUCUGGGAGCGGGAAACCGCGUUGCUUGUGGAGAAGUGGAAUGUUGGCGAGAAGGAGACAGCGUUCGACGCCAACGAUGAGAACCCCAUGUUCCAGUACAAGUGGGGGCGCAACGCCAUGACCAACAAGAUGGAAAAGGUCGCACUGUAUCGCAAUAAAACUGCGAUGCAGUUUGUCAUGCUCGGGUUUGUCGGCCUCAGCAUUGUGUUUCAAAGCAUCUGCACUUUGCCGUUCAUCCAAUGGUACGUAUACGCCAAGACCGUGUACACCUGUGACACGUGUCGGACCGUGGCAGGCGCGACCUGCUGGCAGAUGGCCACGUGCUUCCACUCGGCCGACUCGUCGUUCGGAAGCGAUCGGUGGUGGUAUAUCCUCAUGCAAGGCGCGAUCCUCGGGUUACUCAUUGACGUCGUGUUCUUCGAGCUGUUCAACUGGCUGUCGGCCAAGUUUGUGUCGUGGGAGAACUACGCGUCCAAGUCCGAGUUUGACAACCGCCUGGUGCAUCGGCGGUUUCUGUUUGUGUGGAUGAACUGGUUCUUCUGGUUCCUAUUCCUGGCCUUUGUGUACUUGCCGUUUGGCGAGGGGAUUGUACGGUACCUCCAGUCCCCCGACAACAGCUCGACCGUGCCCGCGUUCGUCCAGAGCAUCUUCAAAGCCGUGAAUUGGGACCCGGCCGUGCUUACGCUCGACACGCUGUUUGUCACGCCCCUCGUCAUCACGCAGUUUCUCAAUAUGCUCAUGGAAACCAUCUUGCCGUACCUCGUUCGAAAGUGCAAGGGCAAACCCAUGCACUGUCGCCACGCUGCGUCGUGCUGCCGUGUCUCAGUGCCCCGCGUGUUCAAAUGGCUCGUCCGGCACGUCCAAGCACCCGCCGACACCCCCCCGACCGCCGUCAACUCGAACACGAGUGCCCGCGCCCUCUGCGAUGCCAUCUCCCACACAUCGCGGUACUUUGUACCGCUGCUGCUCUUCUCGGACGACUCAAACGGGUACACUGCGUACAACAUUGUGGCCGACGCCAAGCUCUCGCCAUUCGACACGACGUUCGACUACCUCGAUGCGUCGAUUCAGUUUUCGUACGUGGUCAUGUUUACAGUCGUGUGGCCGUUGCUGCCUUUCCCAGCGUUCUUUAACAACUUGCUCGAAGUGCGCGGCGAUGCGUUCCGCCUCUUAUUUGUUAGCCGCCGCCCCAUGCCCCGACGCGACGUCAGCAUUGGCGAGUGGGCGACCGUGCUCUCGUACGCCAACAUCAUCGGCAUCACGGUCGUGGCGGGGCUCAUAUCCGUCUACCACUUUUCGGCAUUUCUCGACCACGGGUGCAAUUUCGAGUUUGCCACCGCCGCCAUGGUGCCCAUCUCAGCGUUGAAUUCGACGUUGGCGCUCAACCCUGUCGCAUGCGGGCUCCAGAAGGACACGUCGUGGGUGAUGCCCCAGAUCAUCGUGUUUGUUUUACUCGAGCACGCUGCGUUCUCGAUUCGGUACCUCGUCCUCCAGAUCAACAAGGUACCGUCGUCGAUUGCUCUGAGCCGCAAAGUAAAAGCGCUCGAAGCGCUGGGCCAUAUUCGGUCGGCGCACAAUGAACAGUUUGACUGCUUGCGCCAACUCCGCGUCAUGUUCGACAAGUAUGACACCGACGGCCGCGAUUACAUUGACAAUCCCGACGUGCUCCAGGCGUUUGUGGCCGAGUGGACCGGCCGGCCCGCCUCGGACAUGAUGUCCAAGGACAUGCUGUUCCACUACAUGGACAAGACCCGCGUCGGCCGCGUGUCGUUUGCGUCGGCGUCGCUGCUGCUCAUCCACGUCCAUCACGACCGCUUCCUGUCACGUAUUUUAGGUAUUGCCGACUGGCUCGAUGACUUUCAGAACGCGCAGAUCCAACAUCGCCCCGACGACCUCGAAGAAUGCGACGACGACAAGGAACUCCGGCCAUCGCAUCUAGACCAGUGGCGGGCGCGAGAACGCGCGCAGUUGCACGACUACGAUAGCCUCGCCUAAAUCGUCGGUAGAAACAUGCCAAAGUGAAGUAGACAGUCAUGCCACUGGUGGUUGUGUCCAUGUCAAAGCUGUGACACGGUACGAUGUGAUGGAUUUCGUGGGGCACAGCGUUCCAGGACCGAGCGGUGAAUAACGAUCUCUGUACAUGACUCAUGCGCGAGGCCAACGUUACGCAGAACGCCAUAUACUUAGCUACACUUGAACAACGGUGUCGCAUGAUUGUUAUUUAUGGCGGGGUCAGUUGAUAGGG